AUGUAUCGGCAAAUAUUAAUUAAUGAGGACGACAGGGAUUGGCAAUUGAUUGUUUGGCGGGCCAAUCCAACAGAUGAUUUGAAAACUUAUAAAUUAAAUACGGUCACAUAUGGCACAGCAUCUGCGCCGUUUUUAGCUAUACGUUGCCUUAAAGAAUUGGCAAAAGAAAAUGAAACACGUUUGCCUUCCGCUUGUAAAAUAAUUGACAAAGAUUUUUAUGUAGAUGACCUGAUGACAGGGGCGGAAACUAUUAAUGAUUUAAUAAAAAUAAAAAAUGAAGUAUAUGACAUUUUAAAAAGCGGUGGAUUUGAGUUACGAAAAUGGCUAUCAAAUAUAGAUAUUAACGAAUAUGAAAAACGCGAAUAUAAGCUAAAUUAUGAAGAAAUUAAUACGCUAGAACUAAUGCAAUCAGAAGUAAAUAAAAGUCUUGGAAUAAUGUGGAAUUACAAAUUAGAUACAAUUAGUUACAUCAAUAAACAUUUCAUUAAGAAUAACAAUAUUCCAACAAAGCGAACUGUUUUAUCACACGUUAGUCAAAUUUUUGAUCCCCUAGGAUUAGUAGGUCCAAUUACUAUAGUGGGAAAAAUGAUUAUGCAACAACUAUGGAAAUUGGGUAUAGGGUGGGACGAACAACUUCCCGAAAAUUUAGUUAAGGAGUGGUCUAAUUUUUAUGACGGUUUACAAUUAUUAAAACAUAUCUCAAUUGAACGAUGUACGCGACAAGCAAAUUAUGAUAGUAGAUUAGAAUUGCAUGGGUUUUCAGAUGCUUCCGAAAAAGCAUAUGGCGCCUGUAUUUACGUUAGGACGAUUUCAAAAGACUCAAUAUGCGUACGGUUACUUUGUGCAAAGUCAAAGGUUGCUCCAGUAAAGCAAAUAUCCUUACCAAAGUUAGAACUAUCCGCGGCAAAUCUUCUAGCCAAUUUAAUGACAAAAGUAAAAGAAUCCCUUAGCAUUCAUAUUGAUGAUAUUUAUUUGUGGUCCGAUUCAACGAUUACACUCUGCUGGAUUCGAGCUCAUCCAUCAAAAUGGAAAACCUUUGUAGCAAAUAGAGUAAGUAAUAUUCAGUCAUUAACUAAAAUAGCACAUUGGAAACAUGUCAAAUCUGCAGAUAAUCCAAGCGACUUAAUAUCACGCGGAGUUCAUAUAUCAACUUUAAUCAAUUGUAAGCUAUGGUGGGAAGGACCUUUAUGGCUUUCUCAAAAUAUUACAACUUUGAAUUCUGUAGAUAAUUUAAAUUUUGAUGACAAAAACAUACCAGAAACAAGAGCAAUUAAUUUAUUAGUCACCAAUGUAGAAUUUGAUUUAUUUUCUCGGUUUUCGUCAUUGCGAAAAUUACAAUCAAUAAUGGCAUAUGUAAAUAGAUUUAUUACGAAUUGUAGACUUAAAAAGGAUAAGUAUAAACGGAAGUUUGGACCACUUACAACACAAGAAUUAGAUCAAGCUUUUAAAGUAUUGAUAGUAAUUGCACAAAAACAAUCUUUCCAAUUAGAUUAUAAGAAUCUUGUCAAUUCUAAAUCGCUCAGUAAAGAGAGCAGAAUUUUAUGUUUAAAUCCUUUUAUGGAUAAUUCGAAAAUUAUGCGAGUAAGCGGUCGAUUAAAAAACACAAAUUAUUCAUUUGAUAAAAUUCAUCCUAUAAUAUUAUGCCCAAAACAUAAAUUAACUACGUUAAUAUUGCAUCAAGAGCAUCACCGAUUACUUCACUGUGGUGCUCAACAACUUCUCGCAAGUAUUAGAGAACGAUUUUGGCCAAUUUCUGGACGUAACGCUUGUAAAGAAAUUAUUCGGAAAUGCGUUACUUGUUUCAAAGCAAAACCAUCGUCAAAUGAUUAUUUAAUGGGAAAUUUGCCUAGUAGUAGAGUUAAUCAAGAUUUUCCAUUUAACAAUGUCGGCCUUGAUUAUGCUGGACCGUUUAUUAUCAAAGAUCGAAUAACACGCGGUGCCAAAUUUAUUAAGGUUUAUAUUUGUAUUUUUAUAUGCAUGUGCACCAAGGCUAUUCAUUUGGAUCUGGUCUGCGAUUUAUCGACAGAAUCCUUUUUACAAACAUUAAAACGAUUCAGUGCUAGAAGAGGUCUUCCUAGUAAUAUAUUUUCGGACAAUGCAACAACAUUCGUUGGAGCAAACAAUCAUUUAAAAGAUUUAUAUAAAUUUUUAUUGGAAUCUAACGAAGAGAUUAGAAGCAAAUUAAUAAGUCAAAAUAUUAGCUGGCAUUUUAUACCAGCAAGAUCUCCUCAUUUCGGCGGACUGUGGGAAGCUGGAGUAAAAACACAUUUCCUGAUCGGCAGAUCAUUAACAUCACUUCCAGAAAAUUCACUUUCCCACAUCCCAGAAAACAGACUAACAAAACUCCAGCAUCUUGAAAAGCUAAGGCAGCAUUUUUGGACAAGAUGGCACAAGGAAUAUCUAGGAGAAUUACAAUCACGGACCAAAUGGAGAAGACCAAUGGAACAAGAUAAUCUUAUAGGCAAACUGGUGCUUAUAAAAGAUGACAAUCUACCACCAUUAAAAUGGCGUCUUGGACGGAUCACAGAUAUACACCCAGGCAAUGAUGGUGUCGUACGGGUUGUUACACUGAAGGGCCCCAAUGGAGAACUAAAAAGGGCACUAAACAAAGUGUGCAUUCUACCAAUCAAUAAUGAAAUAUCUUAA